UGUUUUGUAGUUUAUUAUAUCUAUGAGGUAAAAUACUUAAAAUAUACAAGAGAAUACUUUAAAAAAUAUGUUGCCUAUUCAUUAACUGCUUUAUUUAUACCCUUUACUGAAUAUCAUUUACCCAUAAAGUAUCAACUUAUGAAGAAAUUGAAAAAUAAAUGAGCACAGUUUUCCUAAGCAGUGCUGAAGAAACUAUCAUGGAGGUUUUACUAAUAAGUCUAUUUUAAUUGUUUUUCCUAAGAAUUACAUUAUAAUGUAUAUAGUGAUACAGUGUGUUACCUAGGAAUUAAAUUAUGCUGUAUGUAGUGAUAGAGUGUUAGAGUUCUAACUGUUGCCAGGCAACCUGGACUCUGCUUUUUGUUUUUUCUGUGCUGGUUCCUCACUUCCUUUAGUGGAGAAAAAAUAUUUGCCUUUAAAAAAAAAAUUAUACUCUUUUGGCAUUGAGAAAGCAAAAUCAAUAACUCUUGUUAGUUUAACCAGUCCUCAGUGAUUAGAAAUAUAACAGUUUCUUAGUUAAAGAGAAAGGAGCCAUCAGAAACAAUUAAUAUACUGUCAUCCACAAUUUUAAAGUGAGAGGCCAUGGAUACAUAUUCACAGCUCAUACCUGGAAAGAUAAGUAUCUCUGAAGGAUCCUUCCUUUCAAGAACAAAGGCUGUUGAGAACAUAGAUUACCCCCACUACUGUGCUCUCUUAAGAAAGCUGAACAUGCCUUUUGUGAAAGGAGUUGAGGACAGACAUGACUAUGGCAGAAUGGAGAAGAAAUGCAACCCUACUUUUCUUAAAUUUCACCCUUAUCCCCCUUCAGUCUUGCCAGACUAUCAUUUACAUUAUCCAUAUCCACCGCCGUAUGGGCCGGAUUAUCCAUUAUUUCCACUUCGGGAUGAUGUACCCUUACAUGAUGCCUGUUCAGGGUUUUUGAGUCCUGGUGGCGAUGCUGAGCUAAAGCCUGGUGUUGGCAGGACCAUACCGAGCCUAGUAGAUUUCAGUGAUGUGAAACCUCAACAUCGAGUUCCCAGGCCAGACACAGGAUUUCAGACGACAUUAAAAAGGAAAACCAUUUUAUUAGAAGAACUGAAACAGGACAGAAAAUGGAAUUCUAGGGCAGUACCAGACAUUUCCAUCAGAGCAAGACUUGGAGGUUGGACGAGCCCACUGAAAGUUACUCCUUCCCAACCGCAUCAUGGAGAACACUCAAUAAAUUACCCAUAUACAUUUGAUGAGGAAGCAACAUCUACAGAUAAUGGAGAACCACUUUUACAAUCAAACAAGAAAUAUAGUGCAAAAGACUCAUUUUACAAGUCCUCUACACAAAAAGCUUAUGAAAUGGUUCCUUGGGACAAGAUGCUACCACCAAAACUUGAUCCAGAAGAAACAACAGUGGAAAAAGCCGCUGACCCUGUUUCACAUUGUUUUAUACUGAAAAGAUAUGAAGGAUCGCCAGCAAUAACACAGAUGGUUGGUGGACUCUGGGACAGAUUCCAAACAAGAUCUUUCUUGGCACCAGUCAAGCCAGUUAAUUUUGUGAGUCCAAGUUCCAGAAGCAAAUACAUUCCUCACUACACUGGUUGCGUGCAGUCCACAAAUGCCGACGACAUUGACAACCCCUGCGGAGACAUCACAUCUCUCGCCCAGCCUCGUAGCUCGGAAAUCCUUUAUACAAACUCAAGUCGCUCUGCAAAUAUUCCAGGAUACACUGGUAAGGUUCAUUUCACAGCCACCCAUCCAGCAAAUUCUGAUCGUCCAUCAACGACCCCCUCACCAGAUUCAGAAGUGCACCAUGUCUUACGGAAAGGAAUGGCAGUUGACCUCUUCCGUCACCAGGGGCCGCUCUCCCGAAUGGUCACAACGGUGAUGCCCUACAAUCCCUUCAAUAAGAAGGAUAAGGAAACUAUCAGCUACUGAAAGGGGCCGGCCCUGAGUGACCCCCAAGCCUGGGAGAGGCGCUGGGUUUGGUGUGAUGGGGAGGCAACAGAAGCCAAAUAAAGGCACGUUCUCAGUGUGUCUGGCUGGGCCUUGACCAAGCGGAGCUCCAGCUCCAGAACCACGUGGGCGUGGAAGUGGACUGUGUGAGAUCCCCCCUUUCUCUCACACGAGGUUGUAUUUGUAUCCACGCGGCUGUGGAUGCCAUGAGCUUUCAUAAACCUGAGCUUGUUCGCCCUGGCAACCCUGCAGUGGGCAUUUUGCAAAUAUUUUACUAUUUUAUGAAUCAGCAGGCUGAGACUAGGAGAAGGAAAAUGUUAAUCAAAGGUCACACAACUCAUAGUGGAGUUAGAACUAGAACCCAGCUUUCUGAAUUUAGAAACCUUUGCUGCUCCUUUUCAUUACAGAUCAAAUAACCUUCCCUGACUUAUUGAAAAAAAAAAAAACCCAGAGACAGAAUGCCUCUUCUCCCAAGAGAUUCAGAAUGAGAUAGGAAUCCCGCAGAACUCCAAGCAAAUGUGUAAAUCCUUUGGAGGUAGUUUAGCCUUGCUGUCCCCUCAGAAGGGCAAAAUCAGAUGUUUUUGCUUGCGGAUCAUGUGUUGCCUCAGCUGACACCUACACAGACUUGGGUGCUGACUGCUGCUCUUCCUGGCUGCUGCCUUCUGCCAGGAUACACAGGAAGGCUGCCGUCCACCCUCCUUCUGUGCUAUGGAGCUGAUCGGCCUUCACAGAAAAGUAAUGGCUUCACCUGAACCCAAUCUCGCAGCCUUAAUUAUUUUCAGAAAAGAGCAAUUCUGUCAAAAAAUCUGACCAAAACAAAAAUCUUCGUCUCUUGGAAGAUUCUCACCCAAACACAGAUGGGAAUGAUGAGCCCUGUCCAGGGAACAGAUGAAUGCAGGGACCGGAGAUUACAUUUUGCGGUAAACAUCCCUGGCAGGCCACUUUGUCAGGAGGCAUAGCUGCUCCAGGUCCAAGGCCUUGUUUAUCAUCCUGGGCCUUUCUGUAGCGGGGCCCCAGCAGUGCCCAGUCCUGACGCCCCAGAGCCUUAGGUAACUGUUUGCACCCUCCAUGCCGCCGACCCCUGGACACCCUUCCAAGGACUGAGCACCGCCAGAGCUGCGCCUAGAAGGAUAGUGGCCUUGUCUGCAGAGUCCCGGGACCACCUCCAGGAGAGGUGAGGUGGCAGCUCUUCCUUUUCACUGUAACUAGCUCAGACUUCUCACGCGUAAAGGUCAAAUACAAACCGUGCUCACCACA